UUGUCGCCCCCAGAUUCCAGGGGUAAUGAGAGAGGGCGAGCCCCAGUUGACUAGCACGUUUCACAUCUCUCCAUUUGCUACCACUGUUCCAUUCGCCAAAGUAGUCACACAGCUAAACCUACACUCAAGAGGUGGAGAAACAGGCUCCACUUUGGCUGGAAGAGCUGCAGUCACAGUGCAGUGUGCUUAUGGGGAUGGGGGGAGCUUAUGGCCAUUUACAAUGCAGAUCCUCAGAGCCUGCUCAGACCUACUGCGUCUCUUCUCUGUAGAGGGGUCUGGACUUUGCCUCUAUCAGCCCUGGGAGCUGUCGUCGCCCUCCUGCUCUGGGGGCAGCUUUUCGCAGUGGACACCGGCAACGAGAGCACAGACAGUGCAGAUGGCAGCUGCCCAAAGCCCCCCAAGAUUGCAAAUGGCCGCGUGGAACACUCAGUUCGUUAUCAGUGUGAGAACUACUACAGACUACGCACUGAAGGAGACGGCGUGUACACCUUAAACAGCGAGGGGAAGUGGACGAGCAAGGCCACUGGGGAGCGGCUUCCUGAAUGUGAAGCAGUGUGUGGAAAGCCCAAGAAUCCAGUGGACCAGGUCCAACGGAUCCUGGGUGGAUCGGUGGAUGCCAAAAACAGCUUUCCCUGGCAGGCGAAGAUGAUUUCGCACCAUAAUCUCACCUCGGGGGCCACACUCAUCAGUGAACAAUGGUUGUUGACCACAGCUAAAAAUCUCUUCCUGGGUCAUACGGACGAUGCAAAAGCAAAAGACAUUGCCCCCACUUUAAGACUCUAUGUGGGGAAAAAUCAGCCUGUGGAGGUUGAGAAGGUGAUUCUCCACCCUAACUACCUCCAGCUUGACAUCGGGCUCAUUAAACUCAAACAGAAGGUUCCCGUUGGUGAGAAAGUAAUGCCCAUUUGCCUACCUUCAAAAGAUUAUGUGGAAGUGAAUCGUAUGGGUUAUGUGUCUGGCUGGGGACGGAAUUCCAACUUCAAUUUUACUGAGCUACUGAAGUACGUCAUGUUGCCUGUGGCUAAGCAGGACAGCUGUGUGCUCCACUAUGAAAAGAGCACAGUGCCCGAAAAGAAGGAACCAAAGAGCCCCGUAGGGGUGCAGCCCAUUCUGAAUGAACACACCUUCUGUGCUGGGCUGUCCAAGUACCAGGAAGACACCUGCUACGGUGAUGCCGGCAGCGCCUUUGCCAUUCACGACACGGAUGACGACACCUGGUACGCGGCUGGGAUCCUGAGCUUUGAUAAGAGCUGCGGGGUGGCCGAGUACGGUGUGUACGUGAGGGUGCACUCCAUCCUGGACUGGGUUCAGAAAACCAUGGCCGAAAACUAAUGCAAGCUAGGUUUCACUCUGGA